GAGGGGCUCUAGCCUCUGCAAGGCUGCCCGAUGCGUUGAACUUGUAGGACAAAUCAUGCCGAAGCGUUGCACGGGGAAGCAGGAAGGCGGGCGGGCUCGCAAGUCUGCAUUUUCCCCUGGAAUCGGCUUAGGAAGCGCUUGACAUCCAGAAGGUGGUUUGGAGUUGCGGGUUUGGGCGCACACGCGACGCAGAGGUGGACGCAGAUGUGUUUGCGGGGAAGAACAGGCGCACAGGACCAAAAAGAAGAACGGUGUUUCUCUCCAAGGAACUGGUGGGCUAAGGGGACCUACAUUAUAAAAAAUGGUUUUGCUUUUGAGGAAUCUUGCUUGUGAAUCAGAUGUCAUUGAGCCGUGUAUACUUGCAGUAUAUAUCUAGAUAUGAGCUGGGAGUAGGUCACGCCAGGUAGCUCUGCCCCAACAUUGAUAUAGUAUUGUUAAUUAUUGCAUUGCACUUAUAGUUACAAGACUUACAAGAUUAUCCCUUUCUCUGCUUUAUCCUCACAGUGACAACCCUGUGAGGUAGGCUAGGCGGAGAGACAGUGACCCUCCCAAAGUCACCCAAUGGGCUUCAUGGCCAAGUGGGGACUAGAAUGUAAAUCUCAUGAGUCCCAGUCCAGCACUCAGGACUGCUACACUAUACUGGUCAUCCCUCCCGUUGGCAGCUACAUGUAGACUGUGAAUAGCACAGGGUUGCGUCUGAGUGCACAGCUGAACACAUGAAGUCCUCUCCUCUGCAGAUAUUCAUGCUCCACACAUGGAGGUCUGUGGGAGGGGGCAUGCAGUGUGGUCAGUCUCAGGAGUGGAAUGUGUAGUGCAGCCCCACACUUGGUCCAGCUUUUCAUGUGCGCAACAAGUUGACUGUCCAAGUAGGGCUAAGAUGGAGUUCCAUUGGUUUCUCCCAUAAGAAGGGUGUGCUGGAACAUUUCAAAAAUGCUUCAGGUACGGUAUCCUGCUUCCCACUAUAACUGACAAGAUAACCCAAGAUGUCCACAGGCAAGAUGUGAAGUCAGAGCUGGUAGAAGAUGUGCCACCAAAGGCAGGAGAACAGCUCUUCCCCUCACUUUUUUAAUGCUGUGAUACUGACCCUUUGAAGAUCCUUUACUGUGGGCUAGAUGGCUGUGGAGACUGAAGUCUGAUCUUAGUUCAUAGGAGGGUUGGCUCUUUUUAAAGGCAAUAACUGUCCUGCUGUGACUGCUUAGCAAAUGGCAUUCAGUGGCAUACUGCCUCUGAACAUGGAGGUUCUUUUUAGCUACCAUGUCAAAUAACUGUUGGUGGACUUAGCAUUCAUGCCUUUGUUUACUCCCCUUUUAAAGCCAUUAUAACUCAGAGCAUUUAAUUCCAUAAAUUACCUGUUGUGUGUAUCAGAAGUACUUCUGGUUUGUCUUCACUCUACUGUGAAUCAAUUUCAUUGGAUGACUGUGAAUUCUAGUAUUACAGGACUUGAUCAAAAGCCUUUUGGAAGUCCAAAUAGUAUACUCUUGUCCUUAUGAUGGUGUUGUAUUUUUGGUUUUCUGUUUCCAUUGUAAAUUAUCCUUGACAUGUUUCUAGAAGGAUAACAUAGAUGAAACAAACAAACAAAACUUUUCAUGUUAUCUCCAUUUCACUUAGUUUUGGGAAUGUCCUCCCAGAAAAAGUAAUUCAGGUAUGGACUAUAUGCUGAGCAUUUUCUGCUAUGAAGACCCAACAUAAACUUAGAUUAUCUGCAAUCUUCUUAUUCUUUAGCGGCUCUUGUACACUUUCAUUAUCUAGUGCUACCUUCACUGGUUUUCUUCAUCCAAUAUAUUUCAAGAAUUUUUUACUUUUUGUCACACCACUCAUGCUAGUUCUUUAAAAGUGGGAUCUUAUUUACCUACCUUACAACAUUGUUGUCAAAGGAGAUUAGAUAACUAUCCAAUCCUACAUCUGUUUACUUGGAGGUAAAGGCCCCAGUGGAAUCUACCCUUGAGAGAAUGGUCAUCUGCUUGUGACACUUUAUGAAGACAAAACAGAGCAAGCACACACUGCGUAGGAAGCUGCAAGGAGGGAAGAAGUGAAGAAAUCUUAGGUGAAGUGACAGGAUGUGGAGCAACAAACCAAAUGAGAUGCCUUUGCAAAAUCCAAGGUCCUCCCAGAACAGGGAUUCCAUCCGAGACUUAACCACAGCAUGGGAUGCUUUUUCACAGACUAAGGCAGCGUUGCAGCACAUUGAGAACAAACUGGAAGUCGCUCCUACCAGCACCGCUGUGUUGGAUUCUGUCAUGGACAGCAAGAAGCCAUCUGCUGGUACUACCAGGAAAAUAAGUAGGAAAGCCUCCAGGUCUUCCAGUCAAAAGAAGGAGAGGUCUCCCCGCUGCCCUCUUCGUGUUACCACUUUGGAUAGCAACGUAAGAAAGAGUGGACACGUUGAAUUUUGCGAGCCUCUGGUUUCUUUCAGAGAUGCUGCAUGGUCCCCAUCAUACAAAACCUCUUGCCAACCGGAAUCUAGAUGUUUAAAACUUAAAGAUGCAGGGAGCAUAAAGAAGACUGAAGGAAUGAGCUCCAUGGCCUAUGGAAAAGGUGAGCAGAGCAGAGAUUUCAAAAGCCCAUCUUCUGCUGAUGAAACUGUUGUUCGAUACUUGAAUGACCGACCGGCGAUUGAUGCCUUGCAAAGUUCUGAUGUUUUCUUUGAAGCUGUAACUCCUACAAGAUCAGAGGAGGAAAAGACUGAGGGAUCCAGAGGAGAUGAGUACAUUAAAACAUCUCUGAGCACCACAACACAGGAUACUGAACUAAAAGAGUUACAGUUGGUAGAAUCUUCGGCUUCUUCUGCCAGUACUUCCAGUGCCCACAGACUAGAUAUCUUGAGGAAUCGUCAGCAUGAUGCUAAACUGGAAAAGCUGAAAGAACGAAUCAGGAAGCAGUGGGAAUAUCCAGAAGAACUAAGUAGCAGAGGGCAUCGUCUGGAAUAUGCAGAUCAUCCCAUUCUUGUUGCAGCUCCUGAGAAUGCAGUGACUCCUAAAGUCAGAAAAGUGGCAACUGCACCUCCUGGUCCUUCUUAUAAAGGUUUCAAUUCAUCGGAAGCUAAGAUUCGUACUCCCGAUGGAAAGGUGUGGCGGGAAGAGGAAUUUCUCAAUCUCAGCAGAGAGUUAUGUCGAGACUUGGAACUCCAGUUAGCAGAAGAAGAUAUGAAAGAUUGGAAAGAGGCACCUCCUGCAAAAACCAAGGAGAGAAAAGCAGUUAGAACAGUGCGCAAAAUUCAGAAAGUGGCACAUCUUCCGAAUCCUGAUUCCAAACCAGGUUAUACCAAUGCAAUAAGUACAUCUUCCUGGCGGGAUGGACAAAGACUGGCAAAGAAACUACUGGGUCCCACACCUAAAGUAGAGCAGCAGGACAAGCAGCCAGUAUCUAGUGACAGAAUAGGGAAGGAUCGGGCCACUAAACCUGGAUCCCACACUGGAAAGGCAGAAUCUGAUUUCAAAUUGGAUGUCACCAUUAAAACUAUUGCAAGAAGUCCUGAACGAUCACGGAGUAAAGUAAGAGUAGAGAAUAACACAAAGAAGAAGGAUUCUACUGUUCAGGAUGCAAAACUGGGAGAAGACCAUGUAAAUAAGGAUUUCUUGCCAGUGGAGAUCCGUGGAAUUCUUGAUGACCUGCAACUGGACUCUGUCUCUCAGGGUACAGUGCAAGAAAGGAAUGAAGAAAGCCAGCAGCCAAAAUUAGCAACUUCUGCUUUUACCAGGAGCCAUAGCCCAACCAAAAGAAAACCGGAUGGGCUUUCUGCCAAUGAAGAGCCUCAAGUCACAUCUAAGAAACGGCAUUAUGAUACUGAUGAAGUCCGCCAGUAUAUUGCUAGACAACAAGAGGAAAGGAAGAAGAGGCAAAAUGAAGAGAAGAAAGCACAGAAAGAGGCAACAGAACAAAAGAAUAAAAGACUUCAGGAACUUUACAAGAAACAGAGAGAAGCUCUUGCUCAUAAGGCAAAGAGCACUCCAGCUCCUGAGUCAGCCACAAAACAAUUGCAAGCAACUUAUUCUAAACUGUUACUGGAACGAACCUUGCUGGAGGAGCCAAAGCCCCCUGUGCAGGAGUUCAAGCCUGGAUAUCAGCCAUCUGGUGAAUCUGACAAAGAGAACAAAGUGCAGGAACGUCCACCCAGUGCAUCUUCCAGCAGCGAUAUGUCCCUCUCUGAACCUCCUCAUCCUCUUCUCGGGAAUAACAUGUUGGAGCCUUUAUGGAUUCAGCCAGAUCGGCUAGGUUCGAAAGCCCAGCUUCCUUCUUCACAGCCUUCUGUCAUGAAUGGAGGCCUCUUCUCCCAACUCUUGUCCCUGGAUCACAUGGGUGUCUUGCAAACAGACUUUGACUCUGUAUUAUCAACCAGGAAGAGCCACAGCACUGCUGCGGGUUCCAUGCCUCUGGCAUCUCAGUCAUUUAUCACAUCUGCUGUACAGCCCACCAUUAAUCAGUACAAAAGUAAAUUGGACCGUAUUGAAGCCCUGAAAGCAACAGCAGCCUCUCUGUCCAGCAGAAUUGAAAGUGAGGCCAAGAAGUUAGCUGGAGCUGGUAUUAACCAUGGUGCACUGUGGAAUUCUGAGCAUAACUUAUUGCAAGGAGACCAGGGUGAUGGUAAUUGGGCAAAGGCCUGCAGCUCCCCAGUGAGAGAAGAUGACGUCUUUUCAGCCAGGCUUCAGAAGAUGCUGGGUACCUGCAUCUCUCACACCAGCUUUGAUGACAGCCUUCCUGGAGUGGGAAAUCUUAGUGAGUUUAAAAAGCUCCCAGAUUCUCUCAGCCCUCAUACUGCUGCUAUCAGCCUUCCAGGCAGCCACAGACCUGAAGGCAUGCCAGGAAACCUGACCAAGAAGCAAACUGGUUCCCCUGUCGGAGAAAGCAGAGCUGCAUUUCUUCAGAAUGGCAGUGUAGGUUCAAUCAGUGAGGGGCCACUCAGUGAUGGCCUUUUGUCUGAAGAGGAAGAAGAAAGGCAUGAGUACCCACCUUUGAAGAUGGUCGAAGUAUUUAAGGAAAAAGAGUUCUGCGUCGCAAAUAAAACAAUCUGUGAGCCCAUCAAAGAAUUCCAGAAAGAGGCAGAGAAGUUCUUGCCUAUUUUCACACAGAUAAGGACUGCUCCAAAGCCAUGGGAAGACCUGUGCAAGGGAAGUCCACACAGUGUCAUCAACAUUUUUACAAAAUCAUACCAACUUUAUGGAAAAGGAUUUGAAGAAUGGUCAGGACAAGGCUUGACAACUCAACGACCUUUGCUUCCAGUUAUGAGUCCCUCAGCUGGCAUUGUUUCUUAUGAAGAUGACUUCAUCUCAUCUCAGGGAAGUGGAACUGCAACAGACAAAAAAACUGCUCCUGAGCCCAGCAACAGCAGCAGCCCCAGCCUAAAAGAAGAGCUAGCCAGCAGGAAGUCACCUUAUGAAUUCCAAGCAGUAGACUUUACCCACUAUUCUUCAGGGCCACCAUCAGCAAGUUCUUCUCGUUCAUCUGCAUCUUCUAAAAAAAGGGGGGAAAAGGAAAAGCUGGAAUCUUUUAGUGGAGUUCCAAGUGCACCUUUGUGGGAAGAAAGCAAACCAUCCCCAGAGGCAGACUAUGGACAGCAACAGGCAAAGAACCCAUUGCCUAACAGCAGCGCCUUUAACAGAGAAGAGCAGAACCCAGAUUCUGACAGCACUUUAGAAGAGCUUUCUGGUCACUCCCUGAUGAGUCUCCCAGAAAAACUAAGAUCUCCAAGGACUGCAAGCUCACCUCAGUCUCCAAGCAUACAGAAACAGUCAGAACCUGUAGUAAAUACAGCAGAAAAAAACACAUCUCCAAGCUCUCCAGUGACUGUAGCUCCUGGACCCAAGCCAAGUACUGCUUUCUCUGAUAUGAACCUUGGAACCAGCAGGAUGGGAGUAGGCACUCUGAGUGGUUCCAUGCGAUUCUCACCUUCUGGUCUCCAGCAUCGUAUGUCAGCAGAGCUUAACUACUUAAGUGCCAUUGAGGAGUCUAUGCGCCAGAUCUCUGAUGUAGAACGGAUACGGAGUAUAUCGCUUGCACAGCAAGAAAGUGUCUCACUGGCUCAAAUGCUUAAGGCACAACAGCAGCGCCAUGAGCGGAACUUGGCUCUCCUGAGGCUCAAGGCAGAGCAAGAGGCCUUGGAAAGCCAGAGGCAGCUGGAAGAAGCAAGGCAGAAGGCAGCUCAGGCCCAUGCAGAAUCGCAGCAGCAGCUGGUGCAGUCUCAGCAGGAGGCAGCAGAAGCUCUUCAGGAGGCAACAUGCAAGAUGGCAGCUCAGCAGGUGGAGGCAGCUCUGCUGACCACAGAUGCUGCUCGUGCGAUACGGGAGAUGACUGAACUUGCGCGAACGCAGAUCUCAGAUGCCAUCAAUGUUCCUUCAGCUCCAGUUACCACCUUGUUUGACCAAGAGCGGAAGCACCACUCAGCAUUUAUAAAGCAACUGCAAGCCCAUAACAUGAACAGGAAAUCAGAAUCAGUUACCCCUUCACAAAGUAAAGAGGAGACAGGUGACUCAAAGCAUAAUUACUCUCCCUCAUUUGAUAGUUAUUCAGAAUCAUCAAGAUCCAAGGCACAUGAUCAGAGCAGCAGCAGCAGCAGCAGCAACAGCAGCAGUGGCAGCCGCCGCCGUAGCCAUCAGGAGAGCCCAUCUGUUCCAUCCUCAAAGGAGACGAAGAAACAUUCACGGCGUGAAAAGCCAAGCACCUCCAUUGAAGAGGAAGCUCCUGUGGCUGUGAACGAUUCCCUGCAGAGUAAUAGUAUUCCAUCCAUUCCCGAUGAGAGAGAUUCUGCCUCUGUUGCUACAGAAUAUUCUCUAAAAUUUGAUGAAUCUAUGACAGAAGAUGAGAUUGAAGAAAAGUCCUUCCGGUCCUUACUCCCUUCCGAGAGUCACCGCCUGUUUAAUUUGAAGAAACGAGAUCACCGAGAUUAUUCUGAUGAGGAAGCUUCUCCUGGAAAGACCACCUUAUCACCUGUUAAAAAUUUCUGUGGGACAGCCUCAAAAGGUCUUAGCCCCAGGACCCUGAAACGCCAAGUGUUGGUGCUCAAGAGCAUUCUGGGGUGCAAGGAGCUAAGUCUACCAUUCUCAGGAGGGCAAGACAGUUUUUCUAAAUUUACAAUGGAAAUGGUGCGGCAGUACAUGAAGGAGGAAGAAAUGCGGGCAGCUCAUCACUCCUCAUUGCUCCGACUGCGUGAAAAAGCUCUGAAGGAGAAGACCAAGGCUGAGCUAGCCUGGCUAGAACAUCAGAAAAAGCGUUUACGAGAUAAAGGAGAAGAUGACAAGAUGCCACCCAUCCGAAAGAAACAACGUGGCCUUCUUUUGAAGCUACAGCAGGAGAAGGCAGAAAUUAAGCGCCUUCAGGAGGCCAAUAAGGCAGCACGGAAGGAGAGACAGCUGAUCCUUAAGCAGCAGGAAGAGAUUGAGCGAAUACGCCAAACUACUAUGAAACUCCAGGAAAAACUGAAGUCUGCUGGGGAAAAUAAGUUGGAACAUCGCAGUGAGGAUGACGCAAAGCAAACGCAUUCUUCGAGCCCUCUGCCAACAGACGCUGAGACCUGCAGCCCUUCCUCCAUUUCUAGUUGUGAGACCAGUAGCAUCAUGCAGAAACUCAAGAAAAUGCGCAGCCGGAUGGAUGAGAAACACUGCUCUCCUGUUCACUACUUCUUCUCUGUCUUUACGUCUCAUCACUGGGCUUCUCUCAGUGUCUGUUUUCCCAACCUCCAUCCCAAAUUCCAGCUGUAUAUCUACAACCAAUUGGUCAGAUUCCUGACUAAGCGAGAGCAAAAACUAAUGCAGCGUCGCCAGCAUGCUGAGGAAUUACUACAGUGGAAGCGUCGUUUAGAUGCGGAAGAAGCAGAGAUACGUCAGAUAGAGAAGCAAGCAUUGGCUGCCUGGGACAAGGAACUGUUGAAAGUCAAAGGAAACAAAAAGGGGUCAGGAGACCAGAAAUCUGAUCAGAAAGAAACAGCUAGUGAAGAAGAAUCUUCUGUGCCAGCUUGUUCUCGCUUAAACAGCGAAAGCUCCAUCCCAGAAGACCUGGGCAGCUUGGCUGUGGAGUCUGGGCUGCCAAAGGUCUCUGAGGCUCAGGAGCAGUUUGGGAGCCUUGAUCACACACUUACAGAAGAAAUGGUUUAUGCGCAGGAACGAGGGUCUGCUGCCUCCCCUGGAAAGCAUUCUCCUUCAAAAAGUAGUGUAUCCCUGACAAAGCAAGGGUCGCAUCGAGCUGGAGGAAAGCAGCAUGCAUGUACAAAAUCCCAGGACGCGCUAUCUUACAGUUGGUCCGAUGAGUCUUUAUCUAUGACUCAGUCAGAAACAACAUCUGAUCAAAGUGAUAUUGAAAGCCGAAUCCGAGCGUUGAAGGAUGAAUUACGAAAAAGAAAGUCUGUAGUUUAUCAACUGAAAAAGGAACAGAAAAAGAGGCACAAGGAGAGGUUGAAAGCCCAGGAGGCCAGUUUGAUUAAACAAUUAGAGACUUAUGAUGAAUUCAUCAAGAAGACUGAAGCAGAACUGAGUCGGGAUCUGGAGGCAACACCUACAGCCAAACCUCAAAUCAAAACUCCAUCUUCAGCUACAGAGAAACCAAAGAUCAAGCCACCUCCACUCCACAGGUCUGAGACAAGCAAAAGUUGGAAAUCACUACCUGAUUCUGAGCGCUCUAGAGGAUCCUUGCAAUCCAUUGCAGAGCAUGUUGAUGCUGUCUCACAUUCUGAGAAAUCUCUGUCAGCGUACACUAGAAAGUUAAUUGAAGCAGAGAUACAGACAGAGGAGCAAUCCCACAUUCCAUCCCUACUCUUCAAGGUCCCCAAAAAAUUUAGAGCAGAAUCUGGUGAUUCGUUGGAUAAUUUGGCUUCAUCAGCUCUUUUCAAAGACUUAGGAGACACAAGCAAAACAUCCCACGUGUCACUGAACAAAUCUGAAGAUACAACAAGCUGUGAUUCUCUCGUAUCCACUAACAAAUCUGUGGUACAAGAGGAAGUGGAAUCUGCAAAAUCUGAAGAAUAUGAAGCAAAAGUAGCUCAUGGAGCUUCUGAAAAAUCGGAUGACUCUGCCUUUAAUAUUGAACAAAAGCAUUCACCUUCAGCUACUCUAAAGUCAGAUAAGCUAUUGGAGAAGAAGCAGGUCGGUUUGCCUUUUCCACAGGAAAGAAAAAUGGCUGGAGAAUGCUUUGAUGAAGAUACUGUAUCACUCAAGUUCUCACAAAAGUUGAGCAAAGAAUUGCAGAAAGGUGAUUUCCUGGCUUCGGAACAGAUCUCCAUUUGCAAAGAGCCAUUCUAUUCUAACAGUUUUGAAGAGUCCUCAUCAAGGGAAGAGAGGUCAAAAAAUGGGACACCUUUUACUGACUAUUGCAAAGAUGAUUUUGAGGCACCUGCAUUGUCUGUUGGAAAGGAUAAUAGACCACAUGGAGAGAAAUCUUGGUGUACAAAAACUCCUAGGAGUAGAUCUGCUAGUAUUGGAAGUGAUGAUGAAAUAAGCGAAUGUCUCAGUGAGAAGUCUCUAUCCGUGGCUGGCAGCAUUCAUUCAGAGAGGUUAUUAGAACUGAAGUCACCAACCGAACUCAUGAAAAGUGAGGAGCGCAGUGAUGUGGAGAAAGAACGAGCUAAUGUUGAUUUAUCACUCUGGGCAUCCAGUUCAAAGGCAGAAGAAGAAGAAGAAAAUGCUUUGCUAGAUUUCAAGAUUGGUGAAAGAGUUCUUGUGAGCAAUGUGCAACCUGGGAUACUGAGAUUCAAGGGCCUGACAAGUUUUGCUAAAGGGUUUUGGGCUGGUGUGGAGUUGGACAAGCCUGAAGGAAACAAUAAUGGUGCUUACAAUGGCAUUCAGUAUUUCAGUUGUAAAGAAAAACAUGGUAUUUUUGCUCCUCCACACAAAAUAUCUCAUAUUUCAGAAAGUUUUGAUAAUUAUGUAGAUUUAAAUAAGGACUUGUUAUGCAAAGAUGAACCAGCUCACCAUCAGAAAGACCGAGAGAGUGCUGAAGAGGAUGAAAGUAAGAAAAGAAACGCAAGUGAGAAAUGCUCCCAGGAUAAAUUUCCAGGAGGCACAUCUGCCUUAGAGGGUUCACAUUCUGCUGAAGGUUUUAUAAAGAUCAUGUCCCAAAGAAACCAUGAGCCAUUAGUUACUGUUGCUAGUGAAGAGUUUGAUCAAGAAACGAGUAUUGCUGAUUCUCUAAAGUCCUCUGUUGAUGACAGUUGUAUUAUAUCUGCUUCUGUUUCUAAUGCUUGUAGAGAGGCUUCUGCUAUCGCAGUAGGAGGGACCUUGGAGAGCAGCUUUCCUGAAAAAUGGAAGCAGCAGCCGCCAUCUUGGCAGGAAUAUACUGAAAAGUCGGAUAGUCUUUCUCCUGGAGUUCUGGAAAAGUCUGCAACACCGCUCUUGGACUUGUUGACAAAAGAAAGAAGCCAGUUAGAAGCACAACUUAGAGUCCCAAGCCAAGAGAAGGAAGAAUUGGUAAAUCAACAGGAAAAGGUUGGCUUGCUGGCUGAGAGUCUCCUGCAGACUUUUGUGAAGGACACAGUCAAUCAGUUGCAGCAAAUCAAGAAAGUUAGGAAUGAGAAAAUCCAAUUUAGUAAUCAAGAACUCUAUGCUAUCCAAGAGAGGUCAGCAACCAGUGACCUGCAGAACAUUUUAAUUAGUUCUGAACUGGAUGAUGGAGAAGAAGUUUCCUCCCCAGAUAUGUGUCCCAGACCAGAAAGCCCUGUGUUCGGUGCCAGUGGGCAGGAGGAGCUUGCCAAGAGGCUGGCGGAACUGGAGCUUAGCCGAGAAUUCCUGAGUGCAUUAGGAGAUGACCAGGACUGGUUUGAUGAGGACUUUGGCUUGAGCUCUCGCAAGGUUCCUCAGGAGCAGGCGGAAGAAUCGGCGGUGUUGCCUAAAACAGAGCUCCCCAAAGUGCUGCCCAAGCCAUGUGAAGAGCCUUUGGCCGUGCCGCACACUGCUGGGGCGGUGGAAGACCUCGUGCGUGCGGCGGCUGAAGAGCUGUGGAAGUGCAAAGAGCUGGGGCAGGGUCUUCAGAUCAGCAGCCUUCCCAGCGACAUACAUGAGCCCCCCGUGGAUGACGGCAUUGAAGCUGUUAGCAAACACAUCUACAAGCAGGCUGUAUUUGACUUGACAAGAGAAAUAUUUGGAGAAAUUUUUGCAGAAGAUCCAAAUUUGAAUCAGCCCAUAUGGAUGAAACCCUGCAGGAUCACUUCUGGUUAUUUCCGUCGGGUAAAGGAUCCAAAUGACCUUGAGGAGAUCAAGAGUUUCAUAACGGUGGAGGUGCUGAAGCUCUUGAAUUUGAAAAAAGAGCCAAACAACAAAACUGAUUGGCAGAAAAUGAUGAAAUUUGGACGCAAAAAAAGAGACAGAGUGGAUCAUAUACUGGUUCAGGAAUUACAUGAGGAAGAAGCUCAGUGGGUGAACUAUGAUGAGGAUGAGCUGCAGGUGAAGAUGCAGUUGGCCGAUGGAAUCUUUGAAGCCUUAAUUAGAGAGACGAUCGAUCUCCUCAACCAGAUCAACAAAAAGCAGGAGAAGCUGGUGCCUCUGUGACGUGGAAGCUCUUUUUAGUCCUCGCAAUGCUGUUACUGGAGUACAGGAUGAUUGUAAGAUUGGCUGAGAUGACAGAAUAUGCCCCUCCCCUGUGCUGCCUUUGCAGACUUGACACUGGAGUUGUUCCCAAAAGCUUUUUUUCAGUUGAUGCUUUUCUUACCAAUUCAGCAUGAAGUAAGAGCAGUUGGUACCUGGUUGUGGUGCUUGUUCGUUUGUUGGUUGGUUUUGUUCAUUUGUUUUGGGUGUACAGUCUUGUUUCAGGGACAGCACCAAUCAGAUACGUUUUAUAAAUCGCUGGGAUGGAGCCCCAGACACCCAGCUCUAGAAACUUAAGUCCUUAGUAAACAUUGUUCUUCAUUUUAAUAACUGCUGUUCUAGUCUGUUUAUAAGUGUAAUUGAUAUUUUGUUAACCAUCUUAACGAUGUAUACUACAGCCUAACCAUACAUCUGUUCCCCAUUCCUUGCUUUUAUUCUGUUCUGUACGUUGCCAUCUGUCUCAAAAUGUGGACACGGACAUUGUCGAUCAAUUCAUGCACAAAGAGCGUGAAGAGUCUGUGCUCUGUAUUCAGCUAAAGAUUUGUUUCUGCUACUUUAGGCCGGAAUGACAAGUUGGCACCAAAUACCCAUCAUCUGGGCUAACUUCCUGCUUUUCCACCGCGCUCUGUUCUCCCCUACGUGAGCCACCGCUGCUCCUCUGGGCAUUCUGGCUUCUCUCAGGCUUUUGACAUGUGAGAGUUGGAAAGAAUGCUUGCGAAACGUAGGCCUUCCGGUCCUUUCCUUCCUCCCUUGCUCGCUCCCCCGUGGCGACGUACUGGCAGAGCCGUUACUUGAACUAGGUAGGGUUAGGAGUGUCUGUACCAAAGAGGGUGAUGCCCAGUGCUCGACUCUGGGCCCAUUUUGUAAAUUCCUUUUACCUUAUUGUACCUGUAUGUUAGAAAUAUGUCUAGAGCUAUACUGUCUGCACUGCUAUAUAGGGUUUAAAACACCAGAAUCUGUCAAAGGCAUCUUGUACUGGGGCUGUUUCUGUCCUUUAAACAUAGCGAUGCACAUUUUUCGUGUAAAAGGAAAAAAGAUCCAUCUCAGAGGCAGAGGGAGUCUGCAAAGAGCCAAGUGCUUGUUCCUCAUCCUGGGAUAGGUUAGGGGUUUAAAGAAGUACAUACGAUCUGAAACGGUUGGAUUUGAAGAGGGAGCACCUGAAACGGGAUGUUGCAAACUCUUCCCCUGCCUCCUCGAGUGCUUGCGUGUCACUUGGGACACAGCCAGUGUGAAACAGUGUGGCACAUACUGCACCCCACCCCCAUCCAGGGUUUCUCCAAGGGGACACAAAGAAUCUUGAAUGAUGAUGCCUUAAUCUGAAAUCUGUUUUACUUGACAUGAUACUUUGAAUCAGAGCAGAUUCAAAUUCUUCUGACAUGUCUUAGUGUGGAGACGGCACUCAGAAGGAGUGGGAGGAGGCACUCCAAAGACUGUGUGAACCAAGAGGUGUACACGGGGAGAGUUACGCCCUUUUCCCUCGCAUCUCAUUUAGUUCCUUGGGCUUCCAGCUAAGCAUACCUCAGCCAGUGCUCCUUGUUGUGGUGUCUUCUUUGGAAACCUUGCUGUGUUUUCUUUGCCUUUUGCACAACGCACGCAGCCAAGGUAAGCUGCUGUCAUCCGGGGGCCGCGCAGAGAAAACGGCUGGUGUUCAGACAUGCCCUCAGCCUCUCAUUUGUGAAUUUGUGACUGGUCUGAUCGGCAAGGGGGAGAAUUCCCAGCGUGUAUGCUUGUACACACGUCUUUUGUACUGUAUGAGCUAGGUGCCAACUUAAAAAUAGUCUGGUGCAGCAAGCUACUAAGAUUUGAUGGACUCAUCGUACUGAACCUUGGAACUGUCUUAAUGGCUUUUAACUCCUAAACAGGAAUGGGUGUUUCUUUCUUUUUUUUAACAGAUGUGAUGCCAUUUUAUGAGAGUGUCUUAUAUUUGGGUCACCCGUUAUUUUUACUUGUCUAGAUACUAUGUGCAAAGCAAGGGGGCAUCCAAACAGAGGUGGAAAAUCAUAAAGCUGAUAGCUGCAUAGAUGAAAUAGAGUAUUUCCAUUCUUGAGGUUACCAGAAAAAUAGCAAUAGUCAUGCAUUAGGCACCCUAAAGCUGUUACCUUGAACUCUGGGCUCUUUAACGGAGAACCCCCAUCUGUCAAAGCAUAGAAAGGGCUGGAAAUCUGCCUUGUAAAACUGCUUACAUCUCUUGGUUUGGGUGAACCAAGCACAGACUACCAGUUGCAACUUCUCCACGUUUAUGCAGCAGCAACAUACAUAAAAUAGCCUUUCCUACAACUACAGGUGUUGGGUUAUCCUUGCAGAUUUUCCAAGAAUUAGAGCCAGAUUAGACUCUACUUCUUUUAAUUUCAAAGACGCAGGAGUGAAAACCUAUGGUAGGAAUGCAUUACAAUACCUCUAGUUUGCCCUGAGAUGUCCCAUGUUUGCAACUACGAGAAACUGUGUGGUAUAUUUUUAAUACAUGCCUUUGUCACUCAGUGAUGUGAGAACAUGAAACACAUGUCAUUUUUGGAAAACUUUUUUUGAUGUGUGUGCAGGCAUGGCAGUGGCCAUCCUGUAUAUACUAAAUGAGAUGUGGCCUUUUAAUCUGGAGUCCACUGGGGACUCUGGGAAAUUGUUCUUUUCAGAUCACAGUUCAGGAUGGCGUAUUGAAGCAGUUUAAGAGAUGACAGAAGCGUUUCCAUGUUUUGGAAGAGGGUACCCUGAAAAACACUUGAAUUAUGUUAUGUCUUUAAAUUCAUGUUGGACAAGAAUAUGGGACUUGAUGAUUUUAAGCCUGAAAACAAGAAAAACUAUAGCACAGCUAGAAAAUAUAGAUUGAGUUCAAUGUGUUGUCAUCAUUCCCUUCAGAGUUCAAGAAAAAAACCAAGAAAAGGCAAGAUGCACAAAAGACCAGAAUUAUGCAAAUACAAAGCCUAACAAUUCUCUCUGUAGAAAGAAUUGUUCCUAAUGUAGAGGUUGGGACAGAGUCCCCCAAAUCAUUCCUCUUUAAAACCUCAUUUUGAUGAAUGGGAGUUGUGUUUUUGCACAAUGCCGUUCUUUCCAAAGGAGGCUUGAAUAGGAAAGAUUCACAACAGGUUUGCCCCGUGGAGUUUUGACUGUCUUAACCUUUCAUAAGACAACAGAAAGGUAUUGUGGCCUGUGUGGUGGGGGCGGGGGGAGGACCCAUUGAUGAUCUUUGAAAUUGUGGCCUUAGCAUUUUUGCAAUACUUGAAUAAAAGUGUGUUCACUAAAGAAAUUCAGUAGCACAGCAUUCAGAGACCAUUGAAGUAACUGCACCACAAAUACUUUUUCAAUCGCUUUUGCUACCUUAACAGAAUCUGACUACUUAUGUUCCAGCAGCAAAAACAGUUGAUACUUGCGGAGUGUUUCAUUUGUAAAUUAUAAGGUUUGGAAUUGUUUUGUUUUGUUUUGGUAUUAUUUACAAACACUGUUCAAUGUGGAUAAGCAAAACUCUCAACUAAUUUGAAAUCUUAUGUGGAAAAGGAAAAACAUACUGAAAAGUUGUACUGUAAUACAUUGGAGUAAAUAGGAGUUUUCCUUGAUUUUUUUUGCAGAGCCUUUUUAUAUACAUUGGCAGAGCCGUUUUGGGGAGACACAUCUUCCCUGUGUACUGUACCGUGCAGAUACUAAAGUGAUCCCUUGUGUCUGUGUCUGUGUGUGUGUGUGUGUGUGUGUGUGUGUGUGUGUAAAUACCCUCAUCUUACUGGUCUCCAGGUCAGUUUCAGCCAAUAAUCACACACCCCGUGCAGCACGGCUCAGUAGAUUACAGGGUGUUAAGGUUCUUGUAAUUAUGAACUGUAAAAUAAACAGGGUAGUCCCUGUGUACACCAGUGUAAAUAUUUUUGUUAAUUUGAGAUGUACUUUAAGAGAAUAAAAUCUGUAAAUAAACUGAUUUAUACAUGA